CAAUCAUCGCGGCAUAUAUGCGUUGAUAAGAGUGGACUACGCUUUAAGAUAUAACUUUUAAGGUAUAAAAUUAGUAAACACUCUCAAUUGUUAGGUAAUAUUUGUCUUAGACUUCUCCCGUGCUUAAAGAAUCAACGUUCCUGAAUGGGUGUUAAGCUGAUUUUGUUGGUGUUUGGAUGUAUAAUAACCUUGGUCGCAUCAGUUUAUUAUGAAGACUGUGGUGGACAUGGAUUCGUUGUUGAAAGUGUUGAGGUAGAGGGAUGUUCUACAUCACCUUGCUUGAUUAAUGUGGGGACAUCAGUAACUGUAACAGUCAACUCGGUGAAUACAGAUACUAGCUUUGCUGCUCUUCUCGGGGAAGCCUAUAUUGUGCAAUUAGGUUAUGCAUGGGGAUUGAAAGUUACCCCUAAUGAUAUAUGUCUUCAUUGGGGAGGGUGCCCUUUAAGUGAAUCUGCCACAAGAAAAUAUUCCGGAGAUGUUUAUUUUAAUAGUACAUUAUUAAGAAGACGAGGUCAUCUCAGGUUGACUGCAAAGUAUGAAGACGGAAAUGAUUUUGAACUUGCAUUUUGCGUUCGGAUUCCAGUAAAUCUUAUAUAAAAAUUGUUUAUUUUUGCAUAUUGACAAAAAUUAUUGCAAUAUAUGUAAUAAUAUUGAAUCAUGACGAUUAUCAAAACAUGUUUUUAUCGUAAUUUUAUUUGUAGGUAUUACAUUUAUUUAUACAAUAAAUAUAAAAAAUAAAUUGGAGUACUAACACCA